UGAAUACCUGAGGUUGUCACAUAAUGACAUCCCUCCCUGAAUUUUAAUAUUCCUCUCUCCUCCCACAGUCUCCACCCAUUACACUUCUUCCUGUAAGAAACACACACUCACACACAAACUAUUAAAACAGGUAUUUUUGAGGAUAAGUUCCAGACUCUGUUUUCAACCUAUGACAAACUAAAAACCUCCAGUUGGAUAUCUUCUAAAAAGAGAGGUCAACAUCCUGAAAGCUUCAUGUGGAGUGUUGAAGUACGAGAUCAUCAAGACAAAACAUGAGGGUCCAAACGUUCUCAAGAGCUCAGAUCCUGCAGGACUUUACUUUUCAAUGUCAGGCACUUGCUGCUAAUGACAACAGAGGCUUUAAGCAGGAGUUUGAGGAGUUGAGUGACGUUGGCAAAGACCUCUCAACCAGAGCAGGAAACACAGAGGUGAACAGAGGAAAGAACAGAUACCCCUACAUUUUGCCAUAUGACCACUGUAGGGUGAGGCUGUCAGUUCAAUACUCUGAUCCAUAUUCUGACUACAUCAACGCAAGUUUUGUCCCUGGUGGAGGAUCAGAAAGAGAUUUCAUCUGCACCCAGGGUCCUUUGCACCAUACUAUGGCUGACUUCUGGAGGAUGGUGUGGGAGCAAAACGUCAGAAUAAUUGUCAUGGUGACAGCUCUGAGACACAAGGACAUAGUGUUUUGUGAAAACUAUUGGCCUCUUGAACGUGGGACAGUUUAUCAUGGACUGAUUCAAGUGACGACAAUGAAGCGUAAACAAAGUUCAGAUUACUUUAUCACCACCAUUCACCUCAGACAGAGAGACUGUCCAACAGAGAGGAUAAUCACACACUUCUACUACCCGUCAUGGCCGGACCAGGGAGUCCCUAAAGACCCAUUCUCACUGAGUGCUUUCACUGAGCAUGUGCGCCAGCAUUUGGACACACUUCCACGCCUGGGCCCGGCUGUGGUGCACUGCAGUGCAGGUAUUGGGCGCUCUGGGACAUUUGUCACAUUAUUGUGGCUGAUGCAGCUCUGUGCCAGAGGAAUCCGACCUGAUAUCAGGGCAGCUGUGGAGGACAUGCGGUUACAUCGAAUGUGGAUGGUUCAGACGCUGCAGCAGUAUGUGUUUGUUCAUCAGUGUCUUCUCCACUGGCUUAGUAGAGGAACAGGAGGAACCGCAGCAUGCAGCCCACAGCUUCAGGGUGCCACUUUGAACGUUAACUACAUCCAGGAUCGACCCCACAGCUCCUCGGGAAGGGGAGGCCGAGGGAGGAGGAAACAUCACCAUCACAGACAAAAAACUCCAUCAGACCAACAACAGAGUACAGCACAGCAUGUUUUACAUCCUGGCAACCUACUGAGGAGGCUGCUGCCAUCCUCAACUCUGUUCAGUUCAGGUUCACACACUUCCUGAACACACACAUGCAGCAACACAAAGCUUUGGUGAUCAGCUAAGCUUUUGUUAGGUAAACAAUUUACCUGAGAAAAUGCUGUUGGCCCUGAGGUGGAAUAGAAAACUACUGAAAUAUCGUGUUAAAAGGCCCAGCAGGCAGAAAACCAGCCUGACAACAUGCAGAUGAAUGCCAAAGAAAGCACAGACACAGCAGAAUGAAGUUAGCUGGAAGGAAAUUAAAAGAGAUUACCUGCCAUUCAGGUCAAACCUGUUCUGCAUCACUACAGGAUUUGUGACAAUAAAUGCAUGCUGAAGGUGUGUGCAAGGCCAGGUCUACUUAACAAAAAGCAAGCAAAACACCAAAAAACCUCUAUGCAGCUAAACUGUGUAUUUUAUAUUCAAACUGGAAAAUUUCCAGUGCAAAUAAGUACAAUGCUUUUCUACAUUUGUUUGCCUCCACUUGCUAAUAAAGUGACAUUGUGAGAUGACUUUUAUUUCUCUUUUUGAAAAAUCUUUGUGCAUCACUUAUAUGACACAAUGCAGGCUAUCGUUACUUUAAGGAUGCAUGUGUAGAAUCAAUACGAGACUUGCUAGAAAGGCAGACACAUGGUAUUAGUGGCUGUACAAAAAAGGUCAUGUUUCAAAAACACACAGGCACUGCCAUUCUCCUUAGAUGACUGAAACCCAUUACAGUACAUGAAGGAGCUAUGAGUAUUAUACAUUAUAGAACAUUAAGGGUUAACCCACUUUUUAGUCUUUCAUCGUCAUGUAAUAAACAUGUAUGAUACAACAGAUCCCUCCUUGGGUAAGUUUUGGGGUUGGUGAUACACUGAAGACAAAGGAGGAUCCAGCAGCAGUCCGCAUUCUUUGCCCUCUCUCCACCAGGUCUCCACCUUGUGGCAGGUGUUUGUAGCUGCAGGUCAAGUGGUGACGCUGUAUUGCAUUGAAGUCCAGAGUAAAGUCCUGAUGAGAUUCGAUGCUGCUUUGCUGGAGGCACUGCAGCCCAAACAGCAUACACUAAGCAAGUCAUCUCCAGAGUUUAGUGUUUUCACAUGUGAAUUCAGCCCGAAACUGAUACAAGUGAAACACAAGGAACAGAGAAUUUCCCACAACAUGAGCGCUCAGCCUCUAUCUGGCUACUUAAUGCAGUCUGGAUACCGUUAAGGUAUUUACUGCAAGACAAAACAGCAACCAAGGCAGGUAAGGGAACAUAGAGGGAUGAAUAUGAAAAGCAGCAUAGCGCAGGCCAACCCCAGAGAAAAUAUAUAUGAAAUAUAUUACACAUUAAAACAUAACAGUAAAGAAAAUGAACAAGUGUUUCAGACUAUUGGUAGGAGAACCAAUAUCUAAAAUAACAUUUAAAUUAGAGUUCGGGUCCAAUAAAAAGUUUAGACACUACAUCCUUUGGCCAAACAAAAA